UUGAACAACCAUCAAAGAAACACUAUGAAUGUCCAACUGAUAUUUGUAACGAUCUGCAUGUACCUUGGCACUGCCACUGCACUUGAUCUGGACUUAAUUCCCGAAAUCCGAAGUGAAGUCGGAGAGCUGUUAAAAGGAACAGAGGAGCUAAAUUUGGGAUUGGAGAAAGUGAAAAACGUACAAAAGGGCAUCGAAGAGAAGUUCAAACAUCAGCGGGAUGAGAUCCAACUUAUUGCCGGACUGGAGGUUGCUCUAGCUCAGCUGGAAAAAAAGGUUCAAAACAGCUUUGAGGCUACAGGUUCAGGAGUAGGAAAUUUGACAGCACUUGUCACGGCAAUUCAAAGCAAAAAUGAACAGUCCAUUCAGAACUUGACCAAAGUGGAGCUGGACAUCAGGAGUGUCCUUGGACAAGUAGCUGUUAACCAAAACAAAUAUGAGCAGGAUUUGGAUGCCGUUGCCCUGUCCGUCGAAUCGCACCUAUCGGAGAUCCAGCAGCUUCUGGCACAAGGUAUCAUUGGGGAGCUUAUCGGUCUGGACAACAAAGCCAAUGUUCUCCAGGAACAGCAGCGCAAUAUAAUUGGUCAAGUGGGAUAUCUUGAACAACUAAAUGUCCUGGCUGAUCGGGCCAAUCGCAAGGUGAAUCAACUGGAGUGGGGUCUAGUGUUACUUAAUCGCACCCAGUCUGAAAGCCUCAAUAAUAUCGAAAGCACUGUGCAUGGAGUGCAGGUUGCCACCUCCCAAAUCGAUCAUAAACUUCUUGCCCUGUUAGACAACCAGAAAAGCAUUGAAAAGACGGUGGAAGGAUGCAAGCGUAAAAAUCCGCCUAACCACAAGCCGCAUGAGGUCUGGACCCAUCCGGAAUAUGUCCCAAGUUACCAAUCGAAAACAGAAGAUAAACUGGGAUACGAGAACAGCUAUGCCACCCAAGAAGAGUCUGAAUACCUUUACAAACUGUGGUACGGCAAGGGCCAGCAGCAGUAAAAAAGGAUAACCGUGUCAAAACCUAGAAAAUGCAUUUAAAUGCUGCUUUUCUCUGUAUUCUUUAAAAAUCAUUUUUCUUUA